AUGCCUCCCACAAUGGAAUACCAGCAGAUGCUACAGAGUAUGCCUAAGCGACUAGGUCUUCAGGUCAUGCGCAAAAGAACGAACGACUCCAAUAAAGAACGAGCUGACAUCAUAGCCCUUCACGGCGCGUACAGUGAUCAUCAAACGACUUGGUGCGAGGAAAAAUAUAAUGGAAUUGUAACGAACUGGCUUGCGGACGUUUAUCAAGAAGUUGCCUCCAUAUUCAACGGGAGAAUUCUGGCCUAUCAAUACGAGUCGGAUCUGUCCAGUCACAACAUCCUUAGGGAAUCAACGCUGCGACAAGCUGCUACUACGCUUCUGCAGGCCAUAGAAUCAGAGAGGGGUGAUGAAAAUGCCGUACCCAUCAUCUUCCUCUGCCACAACGUUGGAGCGGCAGUUGUCAAGAAGGCGCUCUGGGUUGCCAACCACGAUGCAAGAUUUUUCGUCACGGCGAGCCAAACGCGGAUGCUGAUUAUUUGCGGUGCCUCUGAGACGCCACGAGGAUGGGAAGAUGUUCUUUUGCGUCAAAUCAUGUCCUCAAUACCAAGCGUGGAUCAGAGACACAUUGCUAUGAGGACUUUAUUCGAUGCGGGUACAGAAACACUCCACUCAACUUCAUUACUUUUCGAAUAUCUGCGCCAUCAGUAUCAGGUCGUGGCUACUACUGGUGGUCUUGACAUCACAAACCACCACGGCAUGAACCUAAUGCGAACGCUUUCCACAACAGCGAAUCGACUACCAGCCGUGUACACGGACCUUGAAACGAACGAUACAAGAUGUUGUAACGGUCACAGUGCCAGGCUUCGGACGCAGCUGGCUGAUAACAUUAGGAAGACGUGGAUGUGCUCUAGAGAAGAGGAUUUGCUUCUGUUGUUACAGUUUCGACUGCGUAUUGCCUCUUUUGGGCCUGCUUCGUCACCCAUUACUUACAGCUCGUCUGAACCAAUGGAUGGAACCCUGAACUGGGCAAUUGAGGCUCUUGGGCCCGAUCUUAGCCUUGUUGCCGUAUACGGUGCUCCCGGGGCCGGGAAGUCGGUACUCGCAGGCUGGCUUGCAAGGCGUCGCCUGGCAGAAGCGGACGCCAUUACUCUCUGGUACUGCUUCAGUAACUCUGACUAUCGACGGAAAACAUACCUUCAACUUCUUCAAUCAUGCAUUCUGCAGCUGCUCUACCAGCGCCCAUCUGCUUUUGACAGCACAUACGUUCAAAAAUUAUGCAGCAGCUUCUCCCUCAACCAACCACCUUGCUCGGCAGAGCUUCACCGGGUACUACAGGCAAUGAUCUGGAAAAUGCGCAGCACUCGCAUCUAUUUCGUGAUAGAUGCUGUCGAUGAGUGCGAUGACACUUUCUUUCAGAUGCUGUGCGAUUUGGGACGCCUGACAAAGGCAACCCCGAACUGCCGGAUUGUUUUGACUAGUCAAAAUCAGCCCCGUGUGACCUCCGUCCUCGAAGAAUUUGGCACCAAGGUCAUAGAUUUGGACGCUGAAAUGACUGAUGACAGGUCUUUGUAUCUCACCAAGCGAUUGGGAGUCGCUGGUCUUUCCGAAUAUAAAGAUCAACUAGUUGCACUCAGCUGCACGAUGCUUCAUGCCAAGCUCCUGGUCGACCUUCUAGAUCUUGCCGGACCGCUUGGCAGGUCCAAGUUGAAUCUCACUGAGCUGAAAACCCACGACGAAGCUUACACGGAACUUAUCUCGCACGUCCACACUCCCAGCCGCUGGCUUCGUAUGGUCCUGAGCUGUGUCGGUUUCGCACACCGACCUUUGACAGUAGACGAGUUGUCCACACUCCUGGACAUCCGUCAUUUCGUGACAAAACGAAUGGUAGAUCUCGAAGAGAUAAAUCCACUUACCUCAAAGGGCUUGGCCAACAUGUUGCAUCACACACUUGGAGCAUUGCUUCGGGUUGAGAACAACAACGUCCAUCUCAUCCAUGGCACUCUCCAAAAUCUUAUCGCUCGUCGACCACAGUUUCUCAAUUUGCAAGACACACCUGCCGGAGUCUUGGACGAAGAAUUCCCAGAGUUUAUUCUACCACUCACUUGCUUGACGUACUUAAAGUUGUGUGAUACCGAACGCGAAGAGGCCGACGAGUCAGAACUUGGGCCAAGGGUUUCAUCAAGCCCGGACGGAAACGCUUCUCCUCCUGGACUUUGCCCAUAUGCGGUGGAGUGCUGGGGCUUGCAUCUCCAACAGAUAUCAGGCGACGAAAGCUGGAGUUAUGGUUUCUUUGAGUCAUUCUGGGGACACGGGAAGACUCGCCGAGAGUGGAUAGCGGCUUGGAAUUCCAUGCAAUCCUGGAGUAGACAGAAGCUUCCGUCCAGCAUUUCGGCAUCGAGGUUCGCAUUCGGCAGCUUCUUCGGACUGGUCGGAGUUGUGGCAUCCCUGGCCAAGCAGGAGCGAUUUGAGAGCAGCAGCAUUAGCGAGGGUAUUUGGCUUGCAGUCAAAGCCGGACAUGCCAACACUAUCAAGGUUCUAUUGUCCUUCAUCAGGUCUAGGAGCGAUUGGAAGGCCAUCAUGGAAGCAUGUUGCAUCUAUGGUUAUGCCUCACUAUUGGAAUAUAUGCUUACGGCAGAAGAAUUCACCGAAUACAGCCCUUCUCGCUCUGAAGUCAACAACGCCCUAGUCUCUUCUACCACGAACGGUAAUUGGCCGAUAAUCAGGUGUCUUGUACAAAAUGGUGCGGUGUGUUCUUCCCCCGUUGAAUACAAGAAGUUGCUCAGAGUAGCCGUAUAUAAUGGCUACGAAGGGGCGCUGUGCGAACUUCCUUUACACGUAGCAGCGGAAAGUGGAAGUGCUGCGGUUAUCAAAGCUCUUGCCAUCCUUGGGGUCGAGAUGAAUUUUCAGGUCAGGAGCGGGACUUGGGAUGCGUCAGCACUCCAUAACACUGUGAAACAUGACUAUGUUGAAGCUGCCGCGGUGCUUUUAGACGAAGGUGCAGAUGUAAACGCGGCCGACUGCUAUGGAGCCACUGCUCUGCUCAUCGCCAGUGCUCUAGGGUCGGAGAAAGUGGCAAGACUCCUGAUACUCAAGGGUGCUGAUCCUGACAGAAUGGUCAAGGGACCCAAAUUGAGAGCUCUUCAUUUUGCCGCGCAAAUGGGGAGGCCCAACAUGGUCGGUCUGCUUCUGCAACACGGCGCUUUCGAACCUUGGAUAUCUGAGAGUUAUCUUGGGAACCCGCUGCACCUGGCCAUUGACAAUAUCACUGAGAGCUCCCGAGACGCAUAUCAUGAGUGUAUUAAACUGUUGUUGACUCGCAACGUUAAUCCAAACGCGGAACGAGGGGACAGGUCCACGCCACUACAGCUCGCGUUGAAUAAAAACACUCCAGACAUGGGUGAUAUUAUCCAACUUCUGAUGUGGCAUGGGGCUAACCCUGACAAAGUAGGCUAUAAGCAGAAGUCACCUAUUUUCGACGCUAUACAGACUAAACACAAACAUGCAAGGCUUCUUUGGGAUUCGGGAGCUUCUUGGAAUAACGACGAGGCCAAGACGCUUUCUGUCCUGAUGGAUGCUGCAGCAAAGGGGUUGGAUUCUCGAGUCACAGCGCUUCUGGAAGCCGGCAGUGACAAAGACGAGGUGGACAUGUUCGGCAGAAAGGCCGUUGACGUUGCGCUCAAGGCCAAAGUGCGCCGUCUCUUGAACCCCAAUUUCAAUUUCGACGAGAAGCAAAGCGCUGGUUGUUCAUUCGUAAGCCAGCUUGCCCAAAAUCUGUGCGAUGUUCAGCAGGAGAUGCCCGACUGGUCUUGCGGUAUCUGUCAGCGACGUAUUCGGAUGGGGUUUUUCUACCGUGUAAACGUAUCACUCGCAUUAUGCGCUUGGUGA